CUCCCCUGAGGAAGGGGUGUGUGCUAGUCACACAGCCACUGGCGAGCCCCGGGGAUGAGCUCCUGGCAGCUCCCCAGCCGUGCUGUGGGCCAGAGCGACUCCCAGACCAUGGGUGAUGUGCAGAAGGACUCCCCCAGCACUCCACACUCGCAGGGGCUGCUCUCCGCCAUCCAGAGGAUGAAGGGUUCCCCGGAGCGAGAGCUCCGCAUUGUCCUGCUGGGGCUGGACAAUGCAGGGAAGACCACGCUGCUGAAACACCUGGCGUCCGAGGAGGUCAGCACCAUCACCCCCACCCAGGGCUUCAACAUAAAGAGCAUCCACUCACACGGCUUCAAGCUAAAUGUGUGGGAUAUUGGGGGGCAGCGCUCCAUCCGCCCUUACUGGAGGAAGUAUCUGGGCAGCACAGACCUGCUGAUUUAUGUCAUUGACAGUGCAGACCAGAAGCGUUUUGAGGAGACAGGACAGGAGCUGGCAGAGCUCACCGAGGAGGAGUCUCUCAUGGGGGUCCCGCUGUUGGUGUUUGCCAACAAGCAGGACCUACUGACUGCAGCACCUGCAGCUGAAAUUGCAGAAGGGCUGAGCCUCCACACCUACCGGGACCGGGAAUGGCAGAUCCAGGCCUGUUCAGCCUUGUCUGGGGAAGGAGUGCAGGAUGGGAUGAACUGGAUUUCCAGCCAGAUCAUGAACAGGAAGAAGUAAAAACUGCGAAGUGCCAGAUGGGAUUGAGCUGCAGGUCUCUAAGCCAUGGCCAACCCCCCUAGUCCCUAG